AUGAAGUUCCACGUUCUCUCCGGUCUCGUCGCCCAGGUGCUGUCUGUCUCGGCAGGCACCAUCCUGUGGGAUGGCCGCUUCAACGACAUGACCUCGUCUGCCGAUCUGAACAAGUGGUCCUGGGGCAACCAGGUUGGCCCGUACCAGUACUACAUCCACGGGUCUUCUCCUGUGUCGGCCUAUGUCAACCUCUCGCCCGACUACAAGAACCCAGCCGACACUGGUUCCAGGCAGGGAGCCAAGAUCACGCUCGACAACACGGCCUACUGGAACGGCCAGAACAUGCGCCGCACCGAGCUGAUCCCCCAGACCACCGCUGCCAUCAACCAAGGCAAGGUCUACUAUCACUUCUCCCUGAUGAGAAAGGACAUCAACGCCCCGGCCACCACCAGGGAGCACCAGAUCGCCUUCUUCGAAAGCCACUUCACCGAGCUCAAGUCCGGUUGGCUCUCGGGCGCCCCUGGCAUCUCGGACACUCUGCUUAGGUGGUGCGUUGGCGGGCAGACCCAGUGGAGUGUCGAGUGGGCUGCUGAUGUCUGGCACAACGUUGCCUACGAGAUCGACUUUGCUGCCGGCACCGUCGGUUUCUGGCACUCUACCGGCAGCGACCCCCUGACCAGAAAGGUGGCCCCUGUCAAGACCAGCACCAGCUCCAACGGCGCCGACUGGCAUGUUGGUGUCUUGGAGCUCCCGAGAAGCGGCUACCCUGAUUCCAACGAGGACUUUUACUGGUCCGGCGUGUAUAUUGAGAGCGGCAGUUUGACCACCUCGGUCGCCGGUCCUGGCCAACCCAUCCCCGGUGACGGUGGCUCCUCCAGCAGCAGCAGCAGCAGCAGCAGUGUCCCCAGCAGCACAAGCACCAGAGUCAGCAGCACCUCCAUCCCGGCCCCCGUUUCCUCUACCACGCUCGUCACCUCCACCACCCGCGUCUCCUCCACCAGCACCAGCUCUGCCGCACCCGUUCAGACCACCCCCAGCGGUUGCACCGCCGGCCAGUACGCCCAGUGCGACGGCAUUGGCUUCAGUGGUUGCAAGACUUGCGCUGCCCCCUACACCUGCAAGUACGGAAACGACUGGUAUUCCCAAUGCUUGUAA